AUGCAAUUUGAAUUAGAUUUGUUAAAACAACGCAUCACUGAGCUCGAGGAUGAGAAUACUGAGGUUAAGGCUGAGAAUGUGGAGCUUAAACAUGAGAAUACAAAAUUAAAACAGAUCAUAGAAGAAAAUGUUGAGUUUAAAGCCAAAAUCGUUAAGCUAGAACGAGCCGUUGAUAAAAUCGAGAAGCGGGACCAAAGUAUUAAUAAUGAUUCUCAGCGUGAGCUGGCACAUUCGUGCCAAGUCAAUACUCCCAAACAGAUAGUUGAUACAACUAUCAGACCUUGUCUGUCUACAGCGGAUGUAAUUAGAUUUGAUGUAAACCAGGAGUCAAAGAAAAAUUUGAUUGUCGAACAAGAGUUAAUACAACAGCUUUCUGUGAUUAUUGGCAGAGCCAGCAUAGCUGAAAAUAAAGAAUACCAUAUAACUGCUGAAACCAAGGCAAGCGAAUCAUCUGUAUCUCAUAUCUCUGAUUCUCUCAAUUUGAAAGGCAAUAUUAGUAUACCACCUACCUCAAUACGAGCCGAUAUGAUGGUCCCAAAACCUCUUAUUGAGAAAGUCUUACCAAAAACUGAG